ACCCGGAACAAGUUUCCUUGCUUGUCAUUCAUUCGCUGCUUAUGGGAGCUCGCGCACACUGGCAGAAUUUCUGCAGAACAACAGUGAGUUCCCCCCCCUGCAACAUGGCGGCGGAUUCGAUGGACAUUGAUGACUCACUGUACAGCCGUCAGCGAUACGUACUGGGAGACAGCGCCAUGCACCGGAUGGCCCAGUCCUAUGUGUUUCUCAGCGGAUUGGGGGGAUUGGGAGUUGAAAUUGCAAAGAACAUAGUCCUUGCUGGAGUAAAGGCUGUGACUCUUCAUGACACAAAGCAGUGUGAGACAUGGGACCUUGGCACCAACUUCUUCAUCCGAGAAGAAGAUGUCCUGAGCCAGAGGAAACGGGUUGAAGCAGUGCAUCCAAGAGUGGCUGAACUGAACCCUUAUGUUCAGGUUGGAAAGUCCAGCUGUGUUCUAGAUGAGAACACUGACCUCAGUUUUCUCAGGACGUAUCAGUGUGUGAUUCUAACUGAAGCCAGUCUCAGUUUGCAGAAGAAGAUUAAUAACUUCUGCCAUUCCCAGUCACCUCCUAUUAAAUUCAUUUCCUGUGAUGUCUUUGGUGUCUGUGCCCGGGUGUUUUGUGACUUUGGGGAUGCCUUUGAGGUGUCUGACCCAACAGGAGAGGAACCCAAGCAGGUUUUUAUACAGAACAUCACUCAGGACAACCCAGGUGUGGUGAUGUGUAUGGACAACCGGACCCACGGACUUCAGACAGGCCAGAGCGUGCUCUUCCGAGAGGUGUAUGGCAUGACGGAGCUCAAUGGGACUUGUCGACAGGUCACAGUCCUGACUCCUUACAGCUUUACCAUUGGAGACACAUCUGGGAUGCAAGCAUAUGCUCAUGGAGGGUUUUUUGUGCAAGUGAAGAUCCCCCAAACCUGUUGCUUUGAGAGGAUGGAGCAGCAGCUGUUGGACCCAAAAGUUCUUGUUCCUGACUUCAGCAAACCAGAGGUGCCAUUACAGAUCCAUGCUACACUGCUGGCCCUUGACUCCUUCCAGCAACAGCAUCACAGACUGCCCAACACUGGAUGCCCUCAGGAUGCUGAGAUUCUACUGAAAAUGACAGAUGGUGUGAACCACACCCUGAAGAGCAAGGUCUCUAUUGACCAGGACCUGGUGCGCACUCUGUCCCGCACAGCAGGAGGCUGUCUUGCCCCACUCUGCGCUGCCGUGGGAGGCAUUGCCAGCCAGGAAGUGCUCAAGGCACUCACUGGGAAGUUCACCCCUCUCCAGCAGUGGUUUUAUCUGGAUGUGACCGAGGUGAUCCGGCCUUUACAGUGUCUUGCUGCUGAAGAGUUUUUCCCAAAGGGAGACCGCUAUGAUGCACUGCGGGCCUGCAUCGGGGACACCAUGUGCCAUAAACUGCACAGACUCAGGGUGUUCAUGGUGGGUUGUGGCGCUAUUGGAUGUGAGAUGCUGAAGAACUUUGCCCUGUUGGGAGUAGGCCUGGCAGACCACUCUGGUGAGAUCAGUAUUACAGAUCCAGAUUUGAUUGAGAAGUCCAACUUGAACCGGCAAUUUCUCUUCAGGCCUCACCAUAUUCAGAAACCCAAGAGCACUACAGCUGCUGCAGCCACCCAGGACAUCAACCCCCAGCUGCAGAUAGAUGCCCAUCUGAACAAAGUGUGUCCCGCCACAGAGAGCAUCUACAACGACCGCUUCUACUCUAGGCUGCAUGUUGUGGUCACUGCUCUGGACAAUGUGGAGGCCAGGAGAUAUGUGGACAGCCGCAUCGUGUCAAACCAGAAGCCCCUCCUUGAUUCGGGGACCAUGGGCACAAAAGGGCACACAGAGGUCAUUGUUCCCAAUCUGACAGAGUCCUACAACAGCCAUAGGGAUCCUCCAGAGGAAGAGAUUCCCUUCUGCACACUUAAGUCUUUCCCAGCGGUUACCGAGCACACGAUACAGUGGGCAAGAGAUAAGUUUGAGAGCGCAUUCUCCCACAAGCCCUCUAUCUACAACAUGUUCUGGCAGACCCACUCCUCUGCAGAGAGCGUACUGGAGAGGAUGAAGGCACGAGAGAGUUUGGAGGGGUCAUUUCAGGUCAUCAAGCUGUUGAGCAGGAGACCUACCCACUGGGAGCACUGUGUCACGUUGGCCCGCAUCAAAUUUGACAAGUACUUCAAGAGAAAGGCCCUGCAGCUGCUUCACUCCUUUCCCUUGGAUACCAGGCUGAAGGAUGGCAGUCUGUUUUGGCAGUCUCCGAAACGUCCUCCUUCACCAAUAGAAUUUGACUUGAAGGACCCUCUGCAUUACAGUUUUGUUGUUAGUGCUGCCCGACUCUUUGCAGAAAUUUACAACAUCUCCUACUCAGAGAAGGAUCUGUCUGAGGAAGAAGUGGCCCGGAUCCUUUCUGGCAUGAAGAUUCCAGAGUACAAACCAGCAGAAAAGCGUAUUGAGACAGAUGAGAUGGCCAAGAAACCUGACCAGACUAAGCUGUCUGUAAGCAGCGAAGAGGAAAGGGAGGCUAUUGCACAGCUGGAGAGGGCCAUUUGCACGCAAGCCAUCACACCAGACUGGCUGCGGAUGACCCCAAUUCUUUUUGAGAAGGAUGAUGAUUCUAAUGGUCAUAUGGACUUCGUGGCAUCGGCGUCUGCGCUACGUGCACGCAUGUACUCCAUUGAGGCAGCUGAUCGGCUCAAAACCAAACGUAUUGCCGGAAAAAUUAUCCCUGCCAUUGCCACGGCAACUGCUUCAGUUGCCGGACUGGUUGCAGUAGAACUGAUUAAAGUUGUGGGGGGCUAUGGCUUUGAGUCCUUCAAGAACUGCUUCUUCAACUUGGCCAUUCCAGUUGUGGUGCUCACAGAACCUGCCAAUGUCAAGAGAACUCGUAUCAGAGAUAACAUCUCCUUCUCCAUCUGGGACCGUUGGACUAUCCAGGGCCAUGAGGACUUUACCUUGUCUGACUUCAUGAAUGCUGUACGGGAGAAGUAUGGGAUCGAACCCACCAUGGUAGUGCAUGGUGUGAAAAUGCUAUACGUGCCUGUGAUGCCAGGACACAGCAAAAGGCUCAAGCUGACGAUGCAAAAGCUGGUGAAGCCCUCAACAGAGAGGUAUGUGGACCUUACUGUGUCCUUCGCUCCUGAGCUGGAGGGUGAUGAGGACCUGCCAGGACCCCCUGUCAGGUACUGCUUCAGUGGGGACAAACCAGAGGACAGGGCCUGACAAGAAGAUUCCUCACCCCAUCCAUCUACACAACCUCCUCCACCCCUCACUGAGGACCACUAAGAGUAGCGCUUGACAUAACUGUGUACAUAAUUUUUCUACUGGGUUUAUUGCAUAGCUUCGCCUGUGCCGAUGCCUUAAAUAAUACCAUGUUUUGUGUGCUAUUGAUAAUAUUCAUGUGGAUGAAAAUAAAUACUGAAGAACCUGUGUCAGUACCUUCACAGAUUUCUCUGGGAUAAUGGGCUAGACAGAGGGGGCAUGAUACGAGCCAUGUGUGGAGUUGUGUGAAUUCUAAUUUUUGGUUCGUUACACAUGUUGGGGCAUUAGAUGAACAUGUGUCCAGGGCAUAAGAUGAAACUGAAAACCACCAAAGAUUAUCAUUUUUAUUUAUACUUAUUGCAUUAGUGCGAAACAAGCGGACUGUGAAUUGGAUAGGAACUAUGCUUUACAUGCUGUAUCACGUGAUGCUGUACAAUUUAAUCCCAGGGCAUAGACCAGUGGGAAAAGGAGUUCUUCAUAACAAAGGAAGACAGUGUUUUACCAGUUACUGUAGUUAUUUUUUUUUGUAUCUUCACAAUGGAGUCAGAGGCAACUUGCUAAAACAAUUUGUAGCAAAGAAAAGGAUGAGUAGUCAUAACCUUAUCACUGUAUUACCUUGCUCCACAUCAUCCUUAUGAAGGGAAUCAAAAAUAAAACAAACAUACUGAAAUUCAGGCAUUUUACUUGUUAAUAUUCUUAAAAUUAUAAUUUAUGGUAAUGUCUCCUAUUUAUUCGUUGAAAAAAAUUUCCUUUGAGGGGGGCUGCAGCCAAUGAGACCACGCUGAGGACAGGGAAAUUGCUGCUGUUGCUGCUACAUGCAAUAUGAGUCAUUUCAGAAAAUAUAAUCUGAAAUGAGAACUAAUUCUUCUAUUUCAAGAGCGAGCGCUGUCAAAAAAGCGGUAUUGUGUAGAGUGGAUUUGGUCUGUAUCAAGGUAUAGCUCAUUGCGUUCUUAGUGCUUGCCUGUCAUUGUCUUGCUGCCAAUGUGUUAUUGAUGAGAAGUAAAGAUGUUCUUUUUAACAUGAUCAAGAAUGUGAACUUAUACUUCCUUCACGUAGUGUGUGUCGGGGAAGGAUUUUCAGUGUGC